UUUGGUACCCGAAACAGGAUUUGGUACCUGAAACCAUGGAUGAUCGCCUUUCUUGUUGUGUUAUUACUGACAGUAGUAGCAGUGGCCAUCGGUCUUCUGGCUCAUUUCUUAGUCUCUGACCAGAAAAUGGAGUAUUAUCACGGCACCUUUAAAAUUUCAGAUCUACAAAUCAAUAGUAAUUCUGGACAAAACAGCAUAUACCAACUUAAGGACUUACGGGAGAUGAGCGAAAAUAUGGUGGAUGAGAUAUUUAUAGAUUCGGCCUUGAACAAGCAUUAUAUCAAGAACCAAGUGGUCAGACUGACUCCAGAGGAAGAUGGUGUGAAAGCAGAUGUCAUUAUGGUGUUCCAGUUCCCCUCUGCUGAGCAAAGGGCAGUAAGAAAGAAGAAAAUCCAUAGCAUCUUAAACCAGAAAAUAAGGAAUACAAGAGCCUUGUCAAUAAAUGCCUCGUCAGUUCAAGUUAAUGGUUGUGGUAAACGAGUUGUUCCAUUAAUAGUCAACAGAAUAAUGUCGGGAGAAAUUGCGGCCAAGGCUGCCUGGCCUUGGCAAGCUUCCCUUCAGCGUAAUAACGUACAUCAGUGUGGGGCCACCUUGAUUAGUAAUACGUGGCUCAUCACCGCAGCACACUGCUUUAAGAAUAAUGUAAAUCCACGUCAAUGGACUGUUAGCUUUGGAACAACAAUCAACCCUCCGUUAAUGAAAAGAAAUAUCAAAAGAAUCAUUGUCCAUGAGAAGUAUCACUCCCCAGAAAGAGAGUACGACAUUGCUGUUGUGCAGUUCUCUCCCAGAGUCACCUUUACUGAUGACAUUCGCCGGGUUUGUUUGCCAGAAGCCUCUGCAUCCUUCCAACCAAAUUCAACUGUCUAUAUCACAGGGUUUGGAGCACUUUUCUAUGGUGGGGAAUCCCAAAACAACCUUCGAGAAGCCAGACUGAAAAUCAUAAGUGAUGACGUGUGCAAGCAACCACAUGUGUAUGGCAGUGAUAUAAAAUUUGGAAUGUUUUGUGCUGGAUAUCUGGAAGGAAUUUAUGAUGCUUGCAGGGGUGAUUCUGGGGGACCUUUAGUUAUAAAGGAUCUUAAAGAUACCUGGUAUCUCAUUGGAAUUGUGAGCUGGGGAGAUAACUGUGGUCAAAAGAACAAACCUGGAGUCUACACAAAUGUGGCUUAUUACCGAAACUGGAUUGCUUCAAAAACGGGCCUCUGAUUCACUAUAAAAGUUAAACAUUGAGAGCUGUAUGCAGGCCAUACAUGUAUGAGAAUCCAAAUAUUCAGUGGAUGUAGUACAAUGAAGUGAGAUUAAAUGACCGGAUUAAUUUUAGAAUCACUUUAAUGAACAAAUAACCCAUAGCCAAUUUAUAAGGGAUUUAAAUUUGUAAAAUCGUGAGUCGGUUUAGCCUGGCUUGAAAACUACAGCGGAGAUACUCAGUUCUUUAAAUCAUGCAAACUGGAGUAUAAAAGAGGAGCAAUGCAAAUUUUUGAGGAUAAUCCAUAAGAGUUUUAGAAUGUCUUUUUCAGGGGUGUCCCCUUAAGUGAGAAACUUUUUAAACUCGAAGAGUUCAGGAAACACUUAUAUAAUUCCUAUCAUUUCUCCAGAGCUUACAAACACUAUUUUUUCCUUUUUCCAUGUUCUUCCAGAUUUUCCAAAGAGAUUUUCCACCAUAAGAAAUAUAUUUUCUACUUAUAAAACCAUUGGAGAGAUCCUUGUAAAAAAAGUUAUAUUUAGGAAAUAAAGUAUGGUGAUAAAUCAAGCCAGAGAUCUUCUAACCUUUUUCUGUUGUGAAAUGUCCCUGAUUUUUUGGUGAUUU